AUGCAUGUCAUAAUCAUCAAGCCGUUGAAAUGGGACGGACGGGGGAUGGGUGAAUGGACAGGAAGGGAACGAAAUGCAGACGAUGCGCUCAUUGGUGACCCGCCAUCGUGCUCCCCACCGUGUGCUUGCUGGCCUGAUCCUGAGCCCACUUUGCGACCAGAAGGGCCGGCACCAGCUGGUGCCUUUUUGGAUCCUUCGCCUUGCUGCCGGUCCGAGUGUACAAGAUUCGGUCAUCCGGACCGAUCUCGUCUGACUCGGGACAGACGGGAUGGAGGGUUGUCUCGACCAACGCCUUGCUCGUGGCGUCAGGGUCCUUGUAGUCCGUCCGGUAAGUGUGCGGGUAUGGGAACUUCGAUAGGAUCUCCUGCCGGAUCUCGUCUGGAACCUUGCUGGCCUCCGCGUGAAGAGAACUGGUUGCCCCAUGCGUAUCCCACACCACUUGUGUCACGUCGCUCUCGGGGAAUUCCUCCUCGGUGCAGGCAGGAUGGAAAACCGUUCCGCCCCGCCUCGAGUGAAUUUGUCCGACUCAUUCUUCGACUCAUUUUUCGACUCAUUCUCCGACUCAUUCUCCGACUCAUUCUCCGACUCAAGGAAGAUACUGGUGUCCUCGCAUCCGGUGGCAUCGCACGUCCGGUCGCCCAUGUUGACGGACAGGGCGUACCACUCAAGCUUUCCGGUGCCCGGAUCAAUGACGGACACUUGGAGCGGGACCGUUUGGUAGUACCCAAGGUCAGACUUGGACGCGAGGGGGAUCUCCUUGGAGUAGGGGUAAAUGAUGGUAUACGGCGUCACCAUGUUGUCUGCAGAUUCCGGUAG